UUACGCGAGGAAGGAAGUCUCGCGAGGUUGAAGCGCUCUGAGCGCGCCGGUCGGAGGCGGUGAGCGGAGGUUGUCUCUGGCCAGUGAUGGGGCUGAACCCCUUUGAUCACCCAGGGUGCCUCCUCACUGCCUCUGCUUCGUUCUGCGUCUGCUCGCUGAAGAAGCUGAACAGGCGAGAGGAGUCUCUUCCCUUGGGUGCAUAGGUCCCCAUUGGCAGAGGCUUUGAGUCCUAACCGCCACAGCUGACGGCUGCGAGGGAUUGAGACCAGAAAAUGAGUUGCACAAUUGAGAAGGCACUUGCCGAUGCCAAAGCCCUUGUUGAAAGACUGAGAGAUCACGACGACGCAGCAGAAUCUCUGAUUGAGCAAACCACAGCUCUCAACAAGCGAGUAGAAGCUAUGAAGCAGUAUCAAGAAGAAAUUCAAGAACUUAAUGAAGUUGCGAGACAUCGGCCACGGUCCACAUUAGUUCUGGGAAUCCAGCAAGAAAACAGACAAAUCAGAGAAUUGCAGCAAGAGAACAAAGAAUUACGUACAUCCCUGGAAGAACAUCAGUCUGCCUUGGAACUUAUAAUGAGCAAGUAUCGAGAGCAGAUGUUUCGGUUGCUGAUGGCUAGCAAAAAAGAUGAUCCGGGCAUCAUCAUGAAGUUAAAAGAGCAGCAUACCAAGAUUGACAUGGUGCAUCGUAACAGCUCCGAAGGAUUCUUCCUUGAUGCAUGUCCACACAUCCUGGGAGCACCUCAGCAUGGACUGGAGAGGAGGCACUUGGAAGCAAAUCAGAAUUCAGUUAACCUAGGUCAGAGCCAAGAGACACCAACUCACAAACUGAGAAAGCUGCCGGAGUUACAGGCACAUGUUGACCAGAUAACUGAAAUGGCAGCAGUAAUGAGGAAAGCCAUUGAAAUUGAUGAGCAGCAGGGUUGCAAGGAACAGGAACGAAUAUUUCAACUUGAACAAGAAAAUAAAGGCUUGCGAGAGAUCCUCCAAAUAACUCGAGAGUCAUUUUUGAACCUCAGGAAAGAUGAUGUGUCUGAGAGUACAUCUUUGUCAGCAUUAGUGACCAAUAGUGACCUGAGUCUGAGGAAGAGCUGAAGAGCUUUUAAGUCUGUGAACUUCUUACAAGGCUCCAAACAGACACUGGGACUGGCUUACUAAGGAACGAAUUAACAGAAAAAUCCAUCUCAAGCUACCCUUUUAUUUUUUCUGUAAUACGUACAGUGCACUGGCAAUGACAUUUUUAAAAGAUAACAACAAAAAAAUGCAUAUGAAUGGUCAUAGAUGUUAUUCCAAAAUAUAAUUGAAAAGUAGAAACUAAGCCUUUGUUAAUUGGUGAACAAGUUAAAGAUUUUCACAGUGACUGGUGAACGUAUCAAGAGCUUUCGGCAGUGCUGUUGGCUUUCUGGUUGACACUUGGAAAAACGUGAAUAUUCCCAGCAAGUGUCCAGGAAUUCAUAAAAACAUCCCAAUUUUAAAAUACAAAUUUUGCCACAGACAUGUGACUGGAAAAUCGUCAUACUAAAUUAUAUCCUCCCUACUUGGUGACGGUGAACAGAUGGCUUACCGUGAGAUGUCAGCUUUAAUGGUUGCCUGUCUACCUUCUCGUUAAUGUAAAUUUUUGUCAGAUUUCAGUUUGAAAGGGUGUCAGGAAUGUUUUAUAUGCACCGUAAAUAAAAGAGGUAAUUUAAUUUUAGCUAAUCUAUCAUAAUACUGAGCUAACAGUUGUCCAUGACUUGCUUAAGUAUGCGAAAUAUCAUUUCAGGAAUGAAAGAGAAGGAAUACUACUUUCUAAGAAAGAAGAGCUUAUAGGAGAUGUAUUUAGUAGGUUAAACUACUUCUUUGAAAGAAUAAGUUUUUGGUUCUAAAUCAGUAAUGAAGAUGAGAUUUUUCUCUUCUCUGGUUGAUCUUUACGGAUGUUAUGUAGCUCAUUUAGCUAACAGUUGAAAUGUUUGAUGCAGGUGUGGUAAUUUCAAAGUAAAUUGGGAAUUCCUCUGCCUCAGAAUCUUUUUUUUUUUUUUAAGUGAUUACUCUUAAGAGAUACAGAAACAGUAAAUUAAAAUUUAAAAAAAAUUUUUUUCUAGAUCUAUUCUUAAGCUCCAUCUGGUUCUCAUAACCUAUAAAGAUGUUUCUUGCAACCUUUCAGUCAAAGGGCUGGGGGGUGGCAGCGGGGAAAUCUGGAUUUAUAAGUGUUUUCUUUUUUACAAAAUAUAUAUCCAGUAUACAGAUUUUUAAAAGCCACUAGAAAUAGAAAUGUGCUUUAACAUCAGUUGAAAUCUAAAUUUUUCAUGUUUUGUGGUGAUUAUUGAAGAAAAGGUGAGUGUCAAAUAUGAUUAUUAAAUAUACUGUACUCAUUUAUAUUAAAUACAUAUUAAAAUUAGCACAGUUGAAAAUUCUACUUUGGAGUAUAUAACUUGUUAAAGUAAUAUUCACAUGGUAACUUUUAUGUAUAAUUUCAUAUAUUGGUAAAAUUCAAAACUACUUUUCACUUUGGAAUUUUUUAUCAUAAGUUGGGGGUAAGUGGGGUUGAUGGGAUUAAUUGAAUAGGAAAGGGCUGCUGGCCCAAACAUUAAGUAUAUUCCUUUUCUCAUUCAGAGGCCUUAAUUGAUAUUUUAUAAACAAGUAACAGUUUUUAUGUUUAAACUUUUCUAUUGGUUUUGGGAGAAGUAUCCUUUAAUUUGAUGGCACAUUCAUUCACAGAGUUUUUAUCCUAAGUCAGAAUUAAAAUAAGCUACACAAUUUAGAGUAAGUCUGAGGCAAUUCAUUGGGGGCAGCUCUGUUAUAAAACAUUACUUGAUAAAUAAUUAUUUUUGUAAGCAAAUAAGUUGAAUUAAUUUAUUCUUGGUCUUCUUACUUGGAUAUUAUUUUAAGAACUUGGUGUUUAAAGACGUUUACUUUAUUAUAUAGCAACAGUGUUCUAUCCCAUACUUUUUUGUUGUUUAAGCAGAACCUUAAAUUUAUGUCUGAGAAUAUGUACUGCUAGGAAUCUAUUUUACCAAUAAAGAUGAGCGAUUA